AUGGCGGACACAACCUGCUCUUUGGCUGCGAAAAUUUGCCGGUCUAGAGUCAGCUCAGUGUUGAAUAAGGACACUAAACAGUUUGGUAAAAAUAACUUGUUUGAUAACAGUGAAGAAACAUGUUGGAAUUCAGAUCAAGGCAGCCCACAGUGGAUUUUGCUGGAAUUCGGUGAGGAGGUUUGUGUGAAGGAAAUUCAUAUUCAGUUCCAUGGAGGUUUUGUUGGCAAAAAUUGCUGGCUUGAAUCAUCUCAAGCAGGUAGCAAAGAUUUGACCAAGUUUCAUUCAUUUUAUCCUCAAGAUAUUAACCAAACACAGGUUUUCAGUCUUCCUGAGGUGGUGCCAUUAUCGAGUCUAAAAAUUGUCUUUGAUGACAGCACAGACUUUUUUGGUCGUAUUACAAUAUAUAAGUUAGAUAUUUUAGGUAAAGAUUCUUGA